AUGAAUUGGAAGUCGUAUGUGUUCCCCGGUGGCCACCCACCAGCUGCGUUGACCACGGGUCUCGUGGUGUUUUUGACGGCUGUUUAUCUGCUGAGUUUUAUGUUUGCGCUGAGGGACGACCUCUCGCUGGCACCCGAGUCGCUGUUUGAACUGCAGUUAAGUAGGCUGUCGAUGUACCCUUUGGUACAUCUCUCGCUGCUCCAUUUGCUGUUCAACGUCCUAGCCAUCUGGGCGCCCUUGAACCUGUUCGAAGAGACGCACGGGACCGUGUACACGGGCGUGUUCUUGAACAUGAGUGCUUUGUUUGCCGGGAUCCUUUACUGUCUGCUGGGCAAGCUGCUGUACCCAGGCGUGUUCGUGGCUGGCGCCAGUGGAUGGUGUUUCACGCUGUUCGCGUUCUUUAGUUUUAAAGAGUCGCAGAUCCGCCCCAAGACAAGGAUCUUCCACACAGAGUACUCGAUCCCCACCUUGUACACUCCCAUUGCCCUGCUGGUCGCGAUUGCCAUCAUCAUCCCGGGCUCCAGCUUUUGGGGUCACUUCUUCGGACUCUGUGUCGGCUACGCUAUCGGUUACAAAGAGUCGUGGUUUCACAAAAUCACCCCACCCGGAUGGAUCAUCGCCAAGAUUGAAAAGCUCUUGGACGGCUUAAUCCGCUUGAUACCUUGGGGGAUCACGUACUACAGAGAGAAGGACAUCGACAGAACUAAGGACUACGAGCCGUUGUUGGCCACAGACACGCCCUUGCCUCUGCACAACAACAACUCUGGCACGGUCCUAGGCACUGCCUAG